AUGAACCUUCUUAUACUUGAAUGUUUCAUUCCAUUUUUUACAUUUGCUCAAAAUUCUAUUGAACAAGAAAUUCUACUAGCAAUUUCCAAACAUUCAAGGAAGAAACAUCACAGUCAUAAGGAAACUCGUUCUCGAUCUCAUAAAAAGCAUUCUUCAUCGUCUUCGAGUGGUUCAUCGGAUUUAGAUGUUAAACAUCUUCCAUCUUCUUUCAGAAGUUCUGGAGCGAACAUAUCAGAUGUAAAACAGUCCACUUCUUCGGUUAUUGAACUUGAUAAAAACGAAGAGAUUUGUGAUCUACAGUCUUAUAUCAACGAGAGGUCUGUUCUUGUUCGUCAUGUAUUUGCCUCUAUUACACGUGCUGAUCUCAGAAAACUUCUUCCUGGUUCUUUAAAGAACCUUGAAAUCAAAACCUUAAUGACCAUGUGCGUUGAUGAAUUGGAAGGAAUGUCGAAUAAGCGAAUAUUGGCCAUAAUUGAAGGUUCUGACUUGUUGGAAAGUAGCGCAGAUGAACAAGAUUCCGGAGGAUUACAAGAAAGCAAUAAUUUUGCCCAAUCAGCUCAUAAAGGUCAUCAUGCAGAGAUCGCGGUAGCAGAUUCAACAACAUCCGAAUCAUUUAAAAAAGAAGGUUUGCCCACAAAUCAGACAAGUUGUGGCGAAUCAUAA